AUGGCCUUUUUGGAUAAAUUCAUCUCCCGCACCGACCGCACCCCGGCCGAGUCUCAUCCCGCUGAGCCCAAGCUCGAGAACCAACAACGCAUCGACCCUGAGUCCGACUCGGAUCCAUCCUCCGACAGCAGUAUUUUUGCUCGGAAUGAAAAAGAGGUCGAGCAGAACCCGGACAAGAUCACCCAAGAUGCCCACCUCGGUGUACAAAAGGCCGAGGCCGCCGCCAUGGUCUGGAGCAAAAAGGCCGUCUACGCGACCUACGCUUGGAUCUGGGUGUGCUUCUUCCUGCUCGCGCUCCAGUCUUCCGUCAGCUCCACUGUGAUCUACAACGCCUACGCCAACUUCUCCAAGGCCCCCCAGGUCUCCACCGCGAAUAUCCUCACCAGUAUUAUCGGCGGUGUGCUCAAGCUGCCGAUUGCCAAAAUCCUCAACCUUUGGGGUCGUGCUGAAGGGUUCGCCAUCUUCGUUGGAGUCUAUGCUGUUGGUCUGAUCAUUGUCGCCGCCUGCAAUGGCCCUGACUCGUACGCCGCAGGCUACGUCCUUUUCUGGGUUGGUUACAAUGCGCUCUUCCUCAUCAUGGACGUCUUCAUGGCGGAUACCUCUGGAAUGCGCAACCGAGCGUUUACUUUCGCUUUCUCUCAGACGCCGUUCAUCUGCACCGCGUUUACCGGUCCUCUGGCCGGUCAGUCUUUCCUUGAAAUUGCCAACUGGCGUUGGGCCCACGGCGCUUUCGCGAUCAUCAACGUCGUCGCCUUUUCGCCGCUUGUCAUAAUUUUCAAGUUCUACCAGAAGAAGGCCGAAAAGAUGGGAGUGUACCAGCGGGAGCCUAGUGGCCGUACCAUGAUGCAGUCAAUCGUCCACUACAUCCAUGAGUUUGACUUGAUUGGUGCUGCUCUGUUGAUGGCCGCUUGGAUUCUCCUGCUUCUUCCCUUCAGUUUGACGGGUAACGGUCGAUCCCAGUACGGUGACGCCACAUUUAUCGCCAUGGUGGUGGUCGGUUUCUGUACUCUCUUCAUUUUCGCCGCAUGGGAGAAAUGGUUUGCGCGCGUUCAGUUCAUUCGAUAUGAGCUUCUGAAGCAGCGCACCGUACUGGGCGCUUGCUGCAUGUCCGCCCUUGCAUUCUUCGCCUUCUACUGCUGGGAUCUCUACUUCUACAACUUUGUAAUUGUUGUCUACAACCUCAGCAUCUCGAACGCAGGUUAUAUGCUCCAGAUCUACAACGUCGGCUCCUGCUUCUGGGGUGUCAUUUUCGGACUCUACAUCCGGUGGACAAAGCACUUCAAGUACGCCUGUCUCUUCUUCGGCUUGCCCCUCCUCAUCCUCGGUGCGGGUCUGAUGAUCCACUUCCGCGGCGAGGACCAGGGCAUCGGGUACAUCGUCAUGUGCCAGAUCUUCAUCGCCUUCGGAGGCGGCACCCUGGUGAUCGGCGAAGACAUGGCCGUCAUGGCCUCCGCCGACAGAGAAGGUGUGCCCAUGAUGCUCUCACUCCUCGGCCUCUUCUCCAGUCUGGGCGGUGCCAUCGGCCAAGCCGUCGGGGCUGCGAUCUACAACAACAGUUUCGUCAAUGCCCUCCGCUCGCACCUGCCAGAUGCCCUCAAGGGCAUGGCGAAGGAGAUCAGUGACGGCGGAUACCUUGUCCAGAAGGAUUACCCUGUCGGGGGCGAUCUUCGCAACGCCGUCAACUAUGCCUGGGGCCGGAGCCAGAUGUACGGGUCCAUCGCGGCCACUUGUCUUCUUGUCCUUGGUAUCCCUUCCAUUGCCGUCUGGCGCAACUAUAAUGUCGACAAGAAGCAGAACAAGGGUAUCAUUAUCUAA